AUGUCGAGCGAAGCUAAACAAACCGCGUCCGAGAACGGCGCUACGAGCAGCUACGAUGAACAUAUCGACGAUGUGGAAACUGCAAAAGCUAUUGACCUUUCCAACAAUGUUCAAGCACGUAUUCAGAACCCAUUACACGGAAUCCCGCGAGAUAAACUAAUGAAACAAGUCGAUAAAUUUGUGCGAGACCAUGGACUCGAAGACAAGAAUGACCUUUUUCGGAAAGGCGCCCUGCUAGCUCAAAGUCAGAAAGGCUUUGAGACGAUGGAUGAGCUGUCAGAGUCAGACAAAGAAGUGCUCCGCCGUGAAACAACCCAUCGAUGGAGCCAACCGAGGGAUCUGUAUUUGACGGUCAUAAUAUGCAGUUUAGCUGCCGCUGUCCAGGGCUGGGAUCAGACAGGAUCAAAUGGCGCAAACCUAUCGUUUCCUGAUGCGCUGGGGAUCUCCCAGGACCCAGCAAAUCCAAGGGCAAGUAUAAAUGAGUGGAUUGUAGGGGUUAUCAAUUCUGGACCAUACAUUGGCUCGAGUCUUAUUGGCUGCUGGCUCACUGACCCGUUGAAUCACUACUUCGGUCGUCGUGGAACUCUUUUUUGGUGUGGACUUUUCUGUACACUCACCGUCAUCGGACAAGCAGUGUCGCAGACGUGGCCACAAUUACUCGUCUGCCGUUUGCUACUCGGUCUUGGAAUGGGGCCGAAAGCUACGACAUCGCCGGUAUAUGCUGCAGAGAAUGUACCUGCUAAUAUUAGAGGUGGACUUGUGAUGUCAUGGCAGUUGUGGACUGCCUUCGGCAUUUUCUUGGGCUUCUCUGCUAAUUUAGCUCUACAAGGGGCUGGUAGAAUUGCGUGGCGUUUGGAACUAGGCUCUGCUUUCAUUCCUGCAGUACCACUGAUGAUUGGGAUCUAUUUCUGCCCAGAAUCACCUCGAUGGUACAUGAAGAAAGGUCGAUACGCAGAAGCGUUCAAAUCAUUAUGCAGGCUUCGAAACAGCGAGUUGCAGGCCGCUCGUGACAUGUAUUACGUCCAUUGCCAACUAGUGGAAGAGUUCGCCGUCCUCCGAGGGUCCACAUACUUCUCCCGGUUCUAUGAGCUCUUCAAAAUCCCCCGGGUCCGUCGUGCUACACUAGCAAGCUUUGUGGUGAUGAUAGCGCAGCAAAUGUGUGGCAUUAACAUUAUUUCCUUCUAUUCUUCCACUAUCUUCGUCCAGGCUGGGUACAGUUCCAGAAGCGCUUUGUUUGCAUCCUGGGGAUAUGGACUUGUCAAUUGGUUAUUCGCAUUUCCAGCCGUAUGGACUAUCGACACGUUUGGAAGGCGUAAUCUUCUCUUAUUUACGUUCCCGAACAUGGCAUGGACGCUACUUGCUGCUGGAUUCUGCUUCUACAUCCCCGACUCAAGCGGGGCAAAAAUUCCUUUAAUUGCAUUAUUUAUUUUCAUGUUUGCGGCAUUUUAUUCGCCUGGGGAGGGGCCAGUCCCAUUUACCUACUCGGCAGAGGUUUUCCCUUUGACGCAUCGAGAGAUGGGAAUGUCAUGGGCCGUCGCUACAUGUCUUUUCUGGGCUGCUGUGCUCUCAUUGACAUUUCCACGACUUCUCAGUGCCUUCGGAAGCGUUGGCGCCUUUGGAUUCUAUGCUGGCCUGAACGUGAUCGCUCUUACAAUGAUUUUCUUCCUUGUUCCAGAGACAAAACAGAGGACACUCGAAGAACUCGAUUACGUCUUCGCAGUACCCACGCGAAAGCACGCUUCGUAUCAAGCAACAGAAUUUCUUCCUUAUUGGAUUCGUCGUUACAUCUUUCUUCGAAAGACGACACUCAAACCCCUCUAUAAUUUUGAUGAGGUAGAUAUAGCUCAACGGGAGAAGGAAAAACUCUCGGCUUAA